AUGAAGCCCCUCUCUCUUUCUCUCUCUCUCUCUCUCUCUCCCCUCUCUCUCUCUCUCUCGCUGCAUCUCACACUCACUUUCUUUUUUAUGAGCUUCACGGCUGACUCCUUCCCUCUUUCAUUCUUUCUUUCUUUCUUUCACCCUUCCCUCUUUCAUUCUUUCUUUCUUUCUUUCACCCUUCCUUUUUUCAUUCUUUCUUUCUUCAAUCCUUCUGUAUUUCAUUCUUUCGUUAUUCCAUCUUUCUUUUUUUCAUACUUUUUCUUCCAUCCUUUCUUUUUUCAUACUUUCUUUCUUCCAUCUUUAUUUAUUUCAUUCUUUCUUUCUUUCAACCUUCCCGCUAUCAUUCUUUCUUUCUUUCAUCCUCCCUCAUUUCAUUCUUUCUUUCUUCCAUCCUUCUCUCUUUCAUACUUUUUCUUCCAUCCUUUCGUCUUUCAUUCUUUCUUUCUUCCAUCUUUAUUUAUUUCAUUCUUUCUUUCUUCCAGCCUUCCCUCUUUCAUUCUUUCUUUCUUUCACCCUUCCUUCUUUCAUUCUUUCUUUCUUUCAUACUUUUUCUUCCAUCCUUUCUUAUUUCAUUCAUCCUUUCCUCCAUCUUUAUUUAUUUCAUUCUUUCUUUCUUCCAACCUUCCCGCUAGCAUUCUUUCUUUCUUUCAUCCUCCCUCAUUUCCUUCUUUCUUUCUUCCAUCCUUCUCUAUCUCAUUCUUUCUUUCUUACAUCCUUCUCUCUUUCAUACUUUUUCUUCCAUCCUUUCUUCUUUCAUUCUUUCUUUAUUUCAUCUUUAUUUCUUUCAUUCUUUCUUUCUUCCAGCCUUCCCUCUUUCAUUCUUUCUUUCUUUCUUUCAUCCUUCCUUCCUUCUUUCAUUUUUUCUUUCUUCUAUCCUUCUCUAUUUCAUUUUUCUUUCUUCCAUUCUUCUUUUUUUCAUACCUUUUCUUCCUUCCUUUUUUUCCUUCUUUCUUUCUUCCAUCUUUAUUUCUUUCAUUCUUUCUUUCUUUCGGCCUUCCCUCCUUCAUUCUUUCUUUCUUUCAUCCUUCCUUCUUUCGUUCUUUCUUUCUUCCAUCUUUCCGUAUUUCACUCUUUCUUUCUUCCAUCCUUCUCUUACAUUCUUUUUUUUUCUUCUAUCCUUCUUUCUAA